AUAUUCGCAUAUGUUCUUCUCAGUGCUCUCAGACAUGACGGGUUGUUUCAGCUUCACGGCUUGUCGGAACAGAUACUACCGUUUCAGCUUCUCCUCCCUCGGUCUCCGGUCAUCGACGGUGGAUCUCGGCGAUGGGACCAUCAUUCAUUGCUGGGUCCCACGGACCCACCUCGACGACAAACCCACGCUCCUCCUCCUCCACGGGCUCGGAGCCAAUGCCAUGUGGCAGUGGGGAUGGUGCAUCGACCGGUUCAUCCCCCGGUUCAACGUCUACGUACCGGACCUCCUCUUCUUCGGGGACUCGCUCACGACUCGGCCCGAGCGUUCCGAGUCGUUCCAGGCCAGGUGCGUGAUGGCAAUGAUGGAUGCCCACGGGGUCCGGACCAUGACCGUCGCCGGGAUCAGCUACGGAGGGUUCGUGGCGUACGCCAUGGCGGCGCAGUUUAAUGAGAGGAUCGAUCGUGUGGUGAUAAUUUGCGCCGGGGUGUCUCUGGAUGAGAAGGAUAUGGAUAAUGAGCAGUUCAAGGUGAAGAGCGCGGAAGAGGCGGCGACGAUUCUGUUUCCUCAGUCUCCGGCGAAGUUCCGGCAGCUUCUCCGGUUUGCUUUCUACAAGCCGCCGAUCGGAAUCCCAUCCUGCAUCGCCAAGGACUAUAUCAGAGUGAUGUGCAAAGAGCAUCUUCAAGAGAGGAAAGAAGUGGUGAAGGCACAGCAUAAAGGCAGGAGAUUUGCCGACCUUCCCAAGAUUACUCAGCCGACAUUGAUCAUAUGGGGAGAGGAAGAUCAAGUCUUCCCAGUGGAAUUGGCUCAUAGAUUGAAAAGUCAUCUCGGGGAGAACGCUCAACUGUCGCUGAUAAAGAAGACAGGACAUGCAGUAAACCUAGAGAAACCGAAAGAGAUGUAUAAACGCAUGAAAUCUUUUCUGGCUGUCCCUCCUAAGGACAAGCCAUAAGAUACGAGACUCAUUCAUAUUGGCAACUGCAUUUGAGGAGAACUGAUCCAUGGAAUGAAGAACACAUCAAUGGUGUUCUGUCCUAUGUAGCAUUUCUAAAUGCAUUAUGUAUAUUUAGUGUUGAAACCAAGUUUCAAGUUUCAUGGUAUUAAUUUAAAAUAAAAAAAGGAUCUCCUAUAAAUAAAAUAUAUGCAUAAUAUUAAA